AUGUACAAAAACCAAAAAAAACCUAUUGAUGUUCAGUUAAAUGAUUAUCUAAAGAGUGAAAUUCAAAAUAACCGGGAUAAAAUUAAGCCAAUUAUUGAUACUUUAAUACUUUGUGGUCACCAAGGUUUAGCAACAAGAGGACAUCAUGAUUCUGGUCUCAUUGAUGUUGGAAAAGAGUUAAAUGACGAAAAUGAUGGAAAUUUUCUGGCAUUACUUCGCUAUAGAGUAGCAGGUGGUGACUUGAUGUUGAAAAAACAUUUAUUGGAAGCACCAAAUAAUGCUACUUAUUUGAGUGAUGAAACUGCUGAUGUAUCCGGUAUAGAGCAAUUUUCUAUUUGUGUAAGAUAUUAUGAUGAAGAUUUAAAGAAAUUAAGAGAAGACUUUUUAGUAUUUAUACCUGUUACAGAUGCUACUGGAAAAGGGUUAGCUACAAAAAUAUUAGAAACUCUAAGUUGUUUAAGUUUAGAAACAAAAUAUUUAAGGGGUCAAGGAUAUGAUGGUGCGGCAUCAAUGAGUGGUAGUUUUAGUGGUGUAAAAGCACACAUUCUUGAAAAAACUCCCAAACGUCAACAUGUGCUGGAAAAAACUAUUGAUAAAGUUUUACCGUCAACUAAUAAGAAACCAAAACGACUUAUGAUAAUUAUUGAACAACCAGAAUUUAUUAUAACAACACACAUCAUUGGAAAAGUUUUCUCUGUAUGUAUGCCUCUCAGUCGCCAACUUCAGACAGAGAAUAUUGAUUUGUUAACAGCUUUAAAAGUAGCAGGAGAUGUUCAAAAAAUAUUACAAAGAUUUAGAGAAAAUGUAGUCAAUGAUUUUCAUAUUGAAUUUUUAAAAAUUGAACAAUGGUGCCAAGAUUUGAAUAUUGGUACAGAUUUUAAAAAAUUAACAAGAACACAAAAAAAACUCUUAGAUGAAUUAGUUACUUCAACAAAUAAAACAGCUGAAGAUUUUUACAGAUUGAAAAUAUAUGUACCAUUCUUGGAUAAUUUUUUAUCACAGUUACAUGAUCGAUUUAUAAAACAUCAUAAAUUAUUGCAAAGUUUUAGUUGUAUUCUACCUGGCUAUAAAACUCAUUCAGGAACUGAUCAAGAUAUUAAAUACCUCAUUGAUACAUAUAAAGAGGAUUUGAAUAACAGUAGCUUAGUUAUAACUGGAGAAUUAUAUUUAUGGCAGGAAAAGUGUAAUGAGAUUCAUGUAUCAAAAAGCGCUCUUGUUGUUUUUAGUGAAUGUGACAUAAUGAUAUUUCCACACAUACACAAAUUAUUAAAAAUUUUAAUAACCCUACCAGUUACUACCGCAACUGGUGAACGGUCAUUUUCCACAUUAAAGCGUUUAAAGACUGAUAUAAGGAAUUCUAUUGGACAAGCAAGAUUAAACGGCUUAGCUCUGAUGAACAUUCAUCGAGACAUUAAAAUAAAUACUGAUGAAGUCAUUAAUGAGAUGAGUACAAAAUCUAGGCGGUUAAAUUUUCGUUAG